CUGAGUGAGUGCUUUUAGUGCUAGUAGCCACCAAGCUUUGAAAUGUGCAUCACUGUUAGGCCCACUUCCUGAAAACAGAUUUAUUUUAAGGAAAAAAUGUAUCAGUAAACUCUUAGCAUACAGAAUUUUUAUUUCAUCUGCCCCUGGGGCAAGAAUGGCAAUCCCUAGGCAGAAUUCCUUCAACAAAUAUUAGUGGGCAUCUUCUGUGUGCAGGGAUUGGGCAGAGAGGAGUAGGACAUGGUCACUGUUCUCAGCACAGAACCAAGGACUGAGAAUCCUUCCCCAAAGAGGAGGGCCCCUGACACCUUGGCAGGGGACAAAUGAAGGGAGAUGGGGUGGCCCUUUUGAUUCCAGAACCCACUUAGCUGAUUAUCUGGGAAUCCUCGAGAGGGUUGGAACAGUUCCUGACCAGGGCAGGGUACAGCUCAGUUCUAUCCUGUCCCUAAGCUCUGAUCUCCUGGUCCCUUUUGUUGUUCUGUCCAGCCAAAGGUAAAGAAGCCCCCUGGCCACCUUGGGCUGAGAUUACUUCCCCAGGUCACAUCAGCACCCCCCAGAAGUCAAAGGACCUUGUGAGCAAACCAGGGUACCCAAGCCCCCAGACUGCAGUCAUAGUUCCUGCCCCAGGGGCUGUGCUUAAGACAGGGGCUUACCGCAGGGCCCUGAGCCCACCGAGAUGGGGCCUGCUCCCAUUGGGGCUGUGGCAGGCUGGAGUGUGGUGGCUACUCUGCUCGCACAGCUGGGCCAGGGCUAAAGGCACAUAGUCCCUGCCUCCUUAGAAACUCACAGCCCAACCUCCCAUUACCCCCACAUUUGCAAGCACUCUGGGAAUGCGGCAGGGCCCCCUCCCUCCCUGGUGCUAUCCCUGCACCUGCGAGGUCUCUGUCACACACCACCGUCCUGAGAAGCCCGGAGAAUUGAGCAGAAGAGCUUCAGCAUCCAAAACUCCACCACCCUGAAAGCCGCCAAAGCAGAACGUUUGGGUGAACGGGGACCCCUUCUAGGGCCGGCCUGUUGGUGCUGCCGGGCGCUCCCUGUCCACUCGGCUGACAAAAAGCCUUAGGACGUUACCCAGUUCCCGAGAUUUCCGGUCAGAGAUGGCAGACUCAGCUCGGGGCUGGGGAGCAGAGGCUACCAGGCUCGCCCGGCUUUUUGGAAAAGUCGGUCAGUGGGGUCCAAGGACCUAGGUAGUAGACGCAGGGAGCCGACGCCCGCACUCCAAAAGGGCGCCUCUUGGACGCGGAGGCUGGCAUCGUGAAGUGCAGGGAGUUCUGGAAGUGCUUCGGCCUCGACAGUCCCCGCAUGGACCCCUCCGGCUCCUCUGAGUUUCUAAGGGCCAUAGAAGCCCUUCUCCACCACCGCCCUCAACAACCCUCGCGGAUUGGGUUACCGCCUGCCCGAGCCAGCACGCAUGGAGCGCGCCGCUCACGCGCUCCUUGAUCAGCGGCGGCCCCGCCCUUCGCCCUCCUUGGCCCGCCCCUUUCACCCUCCGGGGCGGGACUAAGCUCAGCUUCCGCCGGAAGUUUGACGUCCAGCCGAAAAUCAAGCCCUGGAGCUGGGGGUUCUGGGUUCUGCGGCUGCCACAUCCAGGCGCAGCUCUACCCUUGUCUCCGGCGCCCCAACUUAGGUUUUUCACACCCACACCUUACGAGGUCCUAGACCUCACGCCAUCUCCCACAGUCUAAUUCCAUCUGCAAAUUAGCGCAGAACCUGAAGCCAGAAAAGGAACCUAUUUCUGGCCUCACUUCCCACACUGUCCUGCGCGUCCGCCCGGGCCCCCACCGUCCGGACCAUGGCCCAGAAGCCGAAGGUGGACCCCCACGUCGGGCGGCUGGGCUAUCUGCAGGCGCUGGUCACGGAAUUCCAGGAGACGAAGAGCCAAGACGCCAAGGAGCAAGUACUGGCCAACCUCGCCAACUUCGCCUAUGAUCCCGGCAACUACCAGUAUCUGCGGCAGCUGCAGGUCCUUGAUUUAUUCCUCGAUUCGCUGUCAGAGGAGAAUGAAACCCUGGUGGAGUUUGCUAUUGGAGGCCUCUGCAACCUGUGCCCAGACAAGGCCAACAAGGAGCACAUCCUGCAGACAGGGGGCAUCCCGCUCAUCAUCAAUUGCCUGUCCAGUCCCAAUGAGGAGACCGUGCUGUCUGCUGUCACCACCAUCAUGCACCUGAGCUCACCAGGCCCUGGCUCCCACCCUGAGCUGACCGCUAGGCCUGUGGUCCAGUGCAUGCUGCGCUUCUCUCUCUCGGCCAACACAAGACUCCGGAAUCUGGCCCAGAUCUUCCUGGAAGAUUUCUGUUCCCCAAGCCAGGUGGCUGAAGCCCGCAGCUGGCAGGCCCACUCUGCCCUGGGUAUCCCACUGCCAAGGACCAAGGCCCCACAACAGCCCUGAUUGAAGGAGACCUCAAGGCCACAGCACCCUUGCUAGAGACAAGACCACAAUCCUGGGGAUGGACUCAGCGUAGCCGAGCACCAUAGCUCCCACUGAGCUCCUUCUCCCCAAGUGGGGCCUUUUCAGCCGCUUUAAAGCAGUUGAAGGGCCUCUAUCAAGCCCAACGCCCCUUCUCCAGGGUUCCCCACACCUGGACAGCUGAUGCCUCCAUGUGCUGAGGUCCCUACUCAGGAGGACACCUUGCCAGUUUAGUGGACACACAACGUGGGCCACAGACAACUGAUGGUAACACUCAUGCUGGAAUUCAGCUCAAAACAACUGGCAACAUUUACCAACAACUAAAAUAGCCCUUGAACUCAGAAAUACCAUAUGAGACACCUAGGAAGUAAGUAAAUCCAGAAGUUCCAAAA